AAACCUAAACCUCUAAGUCCGGAACCAAGCUUAAGCGUAUAAAUAUAUAAGCUAAUAACCUCAAGCCUAAAGUCUGGGUUUAUGCCCUAGGCGUAAGCCAAAGACCUUGUGUCUUAGCCAGGGUGUCUAGGCAUACACAUUGAAGUUCUCUGCCAGGUUCCAAGUCGAAAUCCUAUUUCCUUGACUAUAUUUCUAAACUAAUUAUAGUGGGAUAGUUUGUAGGCGAAGGGGAGGGGAGGAGGAAUCUGGAAAGAGUUCGCUGUAAGGAAAUAUGAUUGAGCAAAAAAUAUGAAUAUUAUUGUUUAAUAUCUAAUAUUUUUUUUCAUUCAUUUCGUCUUCUUUGCAAACAGAAAAUAAUAAUUCUUUGAGGCGAAAUGGAAUCAAAUAACGAAUUAUCGUCACAGCGUUCAAUAGACGAUUGUUCAACUGCAUCAAACAAUAACACAUCUGCAGCAAGUGUUUCCUAUCCAUUAGUGUGAUAUUUUUUCGCCAAGGAGCAAGGAGAAAUUUAGGUACAGGUAGAUCCCCAGUUGCUUCAUCUGAAACAAUAUUUGACUCGAUGUCCCACGAUGCUCUUUAUGGCCCGAUAUUCGUUAUUUUUUUUACUAUGCCAAAAAAUAUCAGUUUUUAUUUUUUAAAUCAAUUCGUUUAUCCUUGCUGUGCAAGCUGGAUGUAUUUAUAUAUAUUUUUGUUUAUUUGUUUUGCCUUUUAUAUUAUUUUUUGAUUCAAAUUUAAAUUUGAAUUCUUGCAGCACAUUCGGAUCAUACAAUGGUGAUUAUAGAUUUCGACUAAAAUUGUUUCCAUUCUACCAAAUUCUUAUAAUUCUUAAUUCUUUUAAAAACUCAAUUCAAGAAUUCAAGAAUUUAAUAACUUUCCUAUUAGCCUGUAUUGGCCUGUCUAUUGCGCUGUUGUUUGUUUGUAUGAUAAGAGUUGAAAAUAGAAACCUACUGACCGGCGGACCGGUUUUACUUGUUCAGCAUUUUUGAAUUGUUAGAUUAGAUUUAUCACUUGGGGUCGGUAUAUAAUUUCUUUUAUUUCUUUUAUUUUUGUGGGAGAUAAUUUUUCAAUAUGUACUUUUAAAAUUACUAACAAAAUUUUUUUCACUAAUGAAACAAAAUAUUGUUGGUUUCAGGAUGCCCGUCAUCAAAAUUGCGUUUUCGUGUGAAUUUUUACAUCGACGCUACUGAUGGACCUCGUGGCUGUGCUUUAAACAAAAACAUUGUUACCAUCAAUCGU